AGAGGAAAGUCUUGUGGUCACCUGAGGAAGACUCUAUACUUCUCGACUAUGUUAUCACCAAAGGAAUUACAUUUUGGAGUAGCGUGCCAAACGAGACGGGUAAUCGAUAUCCAUAGCUUUUUUUCUGGUUCUCAAGCCACCUUUCUUGGUGAUCAGGGCUCCAGCGUUGCGGGAAGAGCUGCCGGCUACGGUGGAGGAAUUACCUCCGGCCAGAUCUUCGCAAGGAUCCUUUCACCGCGGACGAGAAGAAGAAGAUUGUGGAGCUACGCUCGCUGAUGGGCAACAGGUGGGCCGUGAUUGCCGCCGCGCUCCCCGGAAGAACAGACAACGAUGUCAAGAACUUCUGGUAUUCGAUCCUGCGGAAGAGCCAGAGCAAGAAGCGCAAAUUCCAAGCGCCACUGCAAUUGCCCCUAGCUGCUGCUGCUGCUGCUGCUGCCACGGAUUCCUCGACCGCGAGCGCUGGACGCCCCGACACUCCAUCGGGUAAUUCCAAUCCCAGCUCGGAUUCGGGCGUGGAGCUCGCAGAGGAGCUCACCAAUCUAGAUGAUGAGACGAGUAGCAGCGUAGAAUUUUGGAGAGAAUGCUAUCGAUUAGCCAUCAAAGCUAUGAAUCCCAUCCCAGCCGAGAGAAACACUCGAUCACUCGAUCAUCGAUAGAAAGAACUUCCAAAUCAUCACUCUUUUCACAUCACAAACACGUGCUGUAAAAAAAAAAAAGCCCUAGCCUUGUUCUUGUCUUUUCUGUCAGCCGUACGAUACCGUCCAUCCGACGGAGAAAUGAAGCGCCAAACCGUGA